UAGCUAGCUUCUGCUACAGUGGACGAAACUUCUUGGCUUUUCCAACUCAACUAAAGUGCAAAGUACACAGUGAAUUUUUGUUAUUUAAACUUGAAAAUGAGCUUAGAACAAACGGCGUGUGAAGGUGAAUUAGAUUAUAACUUCUUUGAUGCACUAGAUUUGAAAGCCUUUGAAAGGCGUCUCACCGAAGUAAUACAAUCCAUACAACCUUCAACAAUUAGAUGGAGAGUUUUGUUGGCAUUUAUUUCUAUCUGCACAGCUGUUGCAGCUUGGCAGUGGCUUGUGGAUCCUGAAACUAUGCAAGUGUCUUUCUUGUAUUCACUGUAUAAUCACAUUUUCUUCACCAUUGCCUCACUACUCCUAGUGUUCUUAUUUGUAUGUGGAAUCCACAAACGAGUUGUGGCUCCCUCCAUAGUAGCCUCGAGAGCCAGACAAGUUCUGACUGAUUUCAAUAUGUCUUGUGACGACACAGGCAAGCUGAUUCUGAAGCCCAGACCCUCAUCAUAAUGUGAUUUUCUUCAUAAAUGACUAAUUGUUCGUUAUUUUGUAAAUUGGGAGAAAAUAGAAAACAUCCCUCACCA